CGCAAAUGAUGAAGAUUCAAUAAGGUGUAGUUGUGGAUUUUCGGCUGUUGUUAAUAGAAGAUUAGCAUACGGUAGUGGACUGUUCUAUGAAGACGAGGUAGAAAUUACAGGUAUAUCUGAGGAUCCAGGAGAAAAGAAAAAAUCGUCUCUUCUGUCAUUCCUUAUUGCCACAAAUUCUGUGAAACUAGAUCCGAGCAUCGACCGUGACCAAAUCGAUGUUAUGCCACACAGCCUUAUAGAGUUGGUACGAGAACAACUGGUAUUCAUUCCUAACACCACAAAUUCAUUAUGUCGAGUGGCUGGAGGUUAUAUGAGGACGAAGGUUAACAUUCAUACUAGUAAUAUUCAUCUCCUGGAGUAUUCUGAUAGCCACGAUGUGACCUGUAUAGCGUUGGAACAGAGUAAAAAUUGUUUGGAAAAUAUGGGCUUGUGCAAGAUGGAAGAUAUCAAACAACCUAAAGCCUCUCAGACCAUCACAGUACACAGAUGGCCUUUCCUUAGGGCCACUGGACCUCAAUGUAAUCAAGAUAUAGUCAGGGUGAUGAGAAGUUUGCAACCUCUAUUGCAAGAAGCCAUCCAAAAGAAAUGCCAGACGAGGCUGUGGGAAGCACCUUCUGCUGUCAAGGGACCACUUACAUGGAGACAGUUCCACAGGCUUGCUGGUAGAGGCACUGAUGACAGAUGUGAACCCCAACCAAUACCAUCAGUAAUAGUCGGUCACGACAAAGACUGGUUGUCGCUCUCUCCUUAUGCCCUUCAGCAUUGGGAAACUUUACUUUUGGAACCAUAUUCAUACGCGAGAGAUGUUGCGUAUAUCGUUGUUGCUCCCGAUAAUGAUGCUAUUUUACCUAGAGUAAGGACCUUCUUCAGGGAACUUUCCACAGCUUACGAAAUGUGCAAAUUAGGAAGGCACAGUCCUAUUACUAAAGUACUUAGAGACGGUAUUUUAAGGGUGGGAAAAACGGCGAAGACGAAACUAGGAAACGAACCUGUCGAAGAAUGGUUUACUUUAUUAGGAGAAGGAGAGACGACAGACAUGUUAAAAUUAUAUGCACAGGUUUGUAAACAUCACCUAGCGCCUCAUCUCCAGCAAGUUCCUAUGGAUAAGACAUUGCUGGAUCCACCUCAAGAUAGUACUACAGACCAACCAACACCAAGUCCUAUGCCACCACCAAGUACACCGGAAAAUGCAGGAAGCCAAUCAUCUAGUUCUACUAUUUCGGACAAAGCUCCAACACCAAAAAGCGAUCAAGAUGGCGAUGGCCUUAAAGAUUCAUCUCCAAUAAGUAAUAAUUCUGAUCCAGUCUCACACGACGAUGAUGAAAGAGAAGUACCAUCCGUAAUUGUUUAUCUCGUGGAACCUUUCACACUUGGCUCUGAUCAACCUGAACUACAGAGGUUGGCUUGUUUGGCACUUUUGAGAUGUUACCAAUCUAUUCUAGCUGCGGUUCCGGAAAAUAUCAGGAAUAAUAUUAGUGUUCAGAAUGACCAACGUUGGAAUACUACAAUACAACAUUGGAGACCUUACGAAAGUAAACGACCAAGAGGAAGACCACAGAUGAGAUGGGUUGAUGACAUUAGAAGAAUAGCCGGAACAAAUGGGAAAUAUGUUGCUCAGGAUAGAGACCGAUGGAAGGAGUUGGGAGAGGCCUAUGUCCAAACAUGGACGACAGAAGGCUAA